AUGGAUAUAAAAACCUUACUCCACAAUCUACACGACGAAGUGUCCUGUUCUGUGUGUUUGAACGCGUUCACUGACCCAAAGAUAUUGCCGUGCUUUCAUACAUUUUGUCUCCAAUGUCUGAACCAGCUUCAGCAAACGAGUGGCACUCAUGGGCAGAUUACAUGCCCAGAAUGUCGCACAAAGGUUCACAUUCCUGGCAGUGGGGAUCCAAAAGAGUUACCGACUAACUUUCGAAUGAACAGUUUGUUGGAUGUCAUGGCCAUUCAAAACUGCAACAGCACCGGUGUGAAGUGUGGAAAUUGUGACAAUACCAGCGCCCACAGUUUUUACUGUUUCAAAUGUUGCAUCUUCUGGUGCAAAGAUUGCAUUGGGGCUCAUAACAUCAUCCGCGCUAACAAAGACCACAGAGUGCUAGCGAUUAAGGAAUUUCAAGAUCAAGACAUCGAAGACGUGUUAAAGCGGCCGACGUUUUGUGAAAAGAAGCACCAUGAAAACGAAGAGCUUAAGUUCUUUUGCAAGAACUGUGAAGUCGCCAUCUGCAAUACUUGUGUUGUAACACUUCACGAAGGUCACGCCAAGGUGCUUCUACAAGAUGCUGCCUGUGAACGAAAGUUAUGGAUGGAGUCUACGAUGGAGUCUCAGAAAGAGAAAGCGCUUCAGAAGAGAAAUAAGAUCACUAGGCUUCAAAACGAGUGCACGAAAAUUCAAGCACAAGUGGCCGGCGUGAAAAGAAGUGCGCAGUGUUUUGCUGACAACAUGAUCAAACUCAUCGAAGAGAAGAAGCGGAAACUUUUUAAAGAAGUGGAAGACAAAGCUAAAGAGUCAAUCGAGAGUUUGGAAGAGCAACAAUCAGAACAAGAAAAUGAAUUAGCGCAGAUUGAGACAUCGAUUGCAGAAACUAAAACGUUCCUACAACGAAGCACCAAUGCCGAGAUUGUGCAGGUUAAGGUAGCCCCAGACCAGGAUCUGGCGGCGGUCAGUGACGAAGCUGAGCAAGUCAACAGUGACUUGAGAGACCUUGGCCACUUUUUCUUCGUCAGAAAUAAGGCUUUGAUAGAUAAAACUAACAGUGAAGGAGUUGGUUCACUGACACAAAUCAUCAGCAAAACGAAAUCGAGUAAUUCAAGUGCGGGAGGAAAAGGAAUUGCUGACGUAACUAUUGGACUGGAAGCAAGGUUUAUUUUAACAACACGAAAUUCUGAGAAUGAACAAUGCUACGAAGAGUUUGAUAACGUGGCAGUGGAAAUCAGAAAUGAUCAGGGCCAAAAUUGCACUACUGGAGCACAGAUUCAGGAUAACAAAGAUGGCAGUUAUAAUAUCAGGUACAUUGCUAAAGAAACCGGGUUAUGCAAAGUGUCAGUAACGGUAAACGGGGAACACGUUAGAGGCAGUCCGUUUGCCCUUGAGGUGAAGCCCAGGCAAUACAAACCUGUGUUGUCAUUUAGCGGUUCGACUUAUGGAACGUUUAAUAGACCUUGGGGCGUGGCAGCAAAUGAACAUAAUGAAAUUGCUAUAACUGAUAAAAAAAGCAACCGGGUUCAAAUAUUUAGUUGUGACGGAACUCUCUUAAGAUCGUUUGGAAGAAGGGGCAGUGGAGAAGGAGAAUUUAAGAGCCCUACUGGUAUUUCCUUUUUAAACAAUGGAAACAUUGUAGUGACCGACGGCAGUAAGCAUCAGCUGCAACUAUUUACCGGGCAAGGGGAGUAUCUUACCAAAAUUGGUAACCAAGGAAAUCUGGAUCAUCAGUUGGACGAUCCAUGGGGUGUAUCUGUGGACAGUGAUGGCCACAUCAUUGUUGCUGAUUUGAAAGAAAUCAAGAUCUUCACUGCCUGUGGCCAGUUCCUAAGAAAAUUUGGCGAAGAUUUUUUAAUUGAUCCCUGUCACUGUAUUCAGAAGGAUCAACAUCUAAUAGUUUCCGACCAAGGAGAUCACAGUAUCAAAGUAUUCGAUACAGAAGGUACUUUUCUUUAUAAGUUCGGCAGUAAAGGGGACGGGGAUGGGGAAUUCAGUAAGCCCCGUUGCUUAGCGAUUGACAAGGCAGGGCAUCUGAUGGUCUGUGAC